AUGGUUAUAUUUGGAGUAGAGCAGACAGAUGCUGUUUACGGUCCCCAAAGCUCCCAGAGUUUUAUCUCCAACAUCAGAGACAAAGAGAAGCAAACUUACCUGCAUCUACAACAAACACAAACAGACUCUAUAGUGCUUACAAACAUGGGUGUUUCCUGUUUUCACAGAUGUAAGUGUAAUCUCCACGCCGGUCAGUGCUCCCUCCGUGACGGGACCCUUCAGUGCGACUGCGAGCACAACACCACUGGACAAGACUGUUCGGCAUGCGAGAGAGGAUUCAAAGCCAAGUCCUGGAAGCCUGGCUCAUUCCUGCCCACCCCGAACGGCUCCCCAAAUAUUUGUGAGGCGUCGGGAACGUCUGACAACUGUGAGUGUAACGGUCACUCAAAUCGCUGCAGUUACAUUGAUUUCAUCAACAUUGUGACUUGUGUGAGCUGUAAACACAACACUAGAGGGCAGAACUGUCAGCACUGCCGCCUCGGAUACUUCCGGAAUGCUUCCGCCGAGCUGGACGAUGAGAAUGUUUGCAUAGAAUGUAACUGUAAUCAGCUGGGCUCUCUACACGCCCGGUGCAAUGACACAGGCUUCUGCCAGUGUAGAGAGGGCACCACGGGCCAGAAGUGUGAGGACUGCCUGUCUGGAUAUACCUGGAAGCAAGGAUGCAUGCCAAACGUGUGCGAUGACGAGUUCCUCCUGUGUCAGAACGGUGGCUCCUGUAUCCAGAACCAGAAGUGCAUGUGUCCACCCAGCUUUAGGGGUGUUUUGUGCGAGCAGCCACGCUGCCAGGGUGAGAAAGGGUGCGAUGGCGCAUCAGCCUGCUACCUCAGCACACUGACACUGCUGCUCUGCCUUCUAGCCAACAGCCUGCUUAAAGCCAGCGCCUAGAAACCCAUCUUAGUUCUGAUAUCAAUUCUAGUCUACGCAGGCCAAAGGGCUGAUCCCUGCGAACGGAGAGAGAGUGGCCUGAACCCAUACAGGCCCAGCCUCACGGUGCCGAAAUCUUUUUUGGAAAUGACGGUGGCUGCGCUGAGGUCAGAACGCCUUCAUGAGACCAGCAGUUUAUUGCUUGUCUACUAGCAUCACUGAUCGCCUGAACUUUAUACCAAAAACAGAUUCAAAAGAACUUAAGUUCAGUUUCAACUCACUCUAAAGAAAGUGGAGAAAUAUAUAGAUGUGUUUUCCUUUCCUUUGCAUUUCUACAUUUCUCUGUAGUUUUGAAGCUCACUGAGGUACAAGCACUGCAUUUAGCCAGCUUGUUUUACAUACAACAAACAGUCGAUAUCACGGAAGCCUACUUAUGCCAAGUUAUUCUUCUCUUGAAGACUUGUUUUUACAUUUCAUUGCUGCAUUGUUCUUGCAUCUUAUUGCCAUUGAGGUUGUAACAAGUAAAUGAAAACCAUUGGAAAAGAUGUUUAACUGCUGUCCCGCUUGUAUGAAGAAUGAACGUCUCUAGCUUGUGUUUGAAAUUACGUUUAUGGAAUGUAGAAAGAGGUUUUAAAUUGUCACACUGAACAAAUAUACAUAUAUUGGUCUAUCUGAAAGGAAAUAUGAAGUAUUGUAUAUUUCGAUUAUUUCGAUAUUUUUUUGUAGAAAUGGUUAUUUUUGUUGAGUAAAUGUUACCAUUGUAAAGACAUUGCAGCCUUUAUUGCAGUUCAUAUGGUAUUCACACCAUGGUAAAACUAUUUGAUCCAGCAGAGUGCAUCUCUAAUACAUUUGGAAUAUUUCUCCAUCCAUAUCAUUACAUUUAAAUAAAGCAUAAACGGUUUAUAACAUGCACAGCUUUAGCGCAAUGUAACCCCCCACUUCAUCUUGUUACUGGCAUGUAUUCAUCAGUGCAGAUAUGACCGUAAAGGACUGCUCAUUAACACACUUUUGUGAUGAUACCAGUGAUAUAAGUACAUAAAGCACAAAGCCCCACGAACCCCAAAUAAAUAAGUUACGAAGCACAGAAAAAAAAUGCAUUGUUAAAUCAGCACAAAUAGAAUGGCCAUUCAUAUUAACAAUUUAAAAUACAUAAUGAAAGUCAGCACACUGUAUAUCAUGCAAUCAGGUUAUUUGUCAAAUAAUUUUACUUUCCUUGCGUGUCUCAAAGAAAUGCCAAAAUCUUUAACGGCUCACGGGCUUUUUGAUGUAUUUCACAUUUACAAAUGCUUUACAUUCAUGAAGAGCCUGGGUAAAUAAAAUACUAUUAAUACAUAUUAUAAAUGAAUAAAACCUGACAAUCAGAAAGCACA